AGCAAACACAAAACACACACAGACAGACGGUCUGGCAACUGGCAGUCGUCGUCCUACUCGACCUAACCCCCUUCCUCUUUACCUCCACCCAACCCCCGUCAACUACUCCCCCAACAACCCCCCCGAAAACUCACCCAAAAUGGCUACUCGUGCUCAAUUCGAAAACAGCAACGACAUUGGGGUCUUCUCCCGUCUCACAAACUCGUACGCUCUCGUCGCUAUCGGCGGCUCUGAGAACUUCUACAGCGUCUUCGAAUCCGAGCUCGCAGACGUCGUCCCCGUCGUCCACACCUCCAUCGGCGGCACCCGUAUCAUCGGCCGCUUGACUGCCGGAAACCGCCACGGCCUCCUCCUCCCCAACACCACCACCGACCAAGAAAUGCAGCACCUUCGCAACUCCCUCCCCGACACCGUCGCCAUCCAACGCGUCGAAGAGCGUCUCUCCGCCCUCGGCAACGUCAUCGCCUGCAACGACUACGUCGCCUUAGUGCACCCAGACGUCGACCGCGAGACGGAAGAAAUCAUCGCCGACGCACUCAAAGUCGAAGUCUUCCGACAAACCAUCGCAGGCAACGUCCUCGUCGGAUCCUACUGCGCGCUCUCAAACCAGGGCGGCCUCGUGCACCCAAAGACCUCCGUGGAGGACCAGGACGAGCUCUCGUCGCUGUUGCAGAUUCCGUUGGUGGCGGGAACGGUCAACCGCGGUUCGGACUUGAUUGGAGCUGGGUUGGUGGUGAACGACUGGAGCGCGUUCUCUGGGCUGGAUACGACGUCGACGGAGCUGAGUGUGAUAGAAAGCAUCUUCAAGCUGCAGGAUGCUCAGCCGACGUAUAUUGUGAAUCAGAUGAGGGAUUCGCUUAUUGACAGCAUGGCAUAAACAACCCUCUCACCGUCCUACACGUCCCAUACUGUUGCGGCCUUUUCGCCGCAUCCACCUUCAGAAUCCCAACCCCACACAUUCCACAUAUUUUCCACACACAACCCGCAUAGAAAACACCCCACCAACCCGCUUGCUUCAGUUCACCCUUCGAUCCCCUUUUAUUUUUAUCUAUGUAUAUAUUACAUACACAACAUUGUUUCACACAUACUUUUUUGCAUGCCUUAUAUGAGAU